UCCACAAAACCGGCCGCAGCGCCACGCAAGCCUUCCAAGGAAUUCAAGGAGACAGUAUGUGCUAGCUGCGCUCUGACUCGAGAAUCUAGCCAUGGAGAGCUGGAUCAGUGGAUAAGCUGUAACGGAUGCCAGUUGUGGUUUCACUUCGACUGCGCCGGCUUCAAGAACGAACGCGAUGUGAGAGAUGUCAGUAAAUUCUUCUGCAAAGCCUGCGAGCCCAAACACGGCCCAACAACGUUUGUACGAAAAUCGAGUCGCGCUCAUGCAGCGGUCGACUACGCCGGUCUGAACCAGGGAAUCCUCAAGACGUCCGAUGACAACCAUGAACAUCACUACAUUCAACCGAUCAAGGACGGCUCUUUUACCUUUGAUCCAGAAAUGUUCCCUCGCAUGCGCCCUGAACUGGUCACUCGUGAAUUCUUCGAGACUUGCUCUUCUUUCUCUGAGCCUGUUGUUAUACCCGCUGAGUACAACCCCAAGCUUCCUUGCCGGCACCCUGUUCCAUCUAGCGACAACGAAGAAGAUACGACAGCAACCGCUUUCACUGGCGCGGACGAGGAAGACGCUCUGUUGCAAGACUUUGAAUACGAGACUGUGCCCAACGAUGGGCAAGACCGACUCGACAUGGUUGUGCCUCGAGACCUGACAGUCAGACACGUUGCUGAACUUGUCGGGCCUCAUGAACCUCUUGAAGUAAUCGACGUCAAAACCCAAGGCACUGAGGGCAAAUGGAAUCUGUCGAAGUGGGCGGACUACUAUGAAGCCGAUGGCGAAAAGGCAGUCCGGAAUGUCAUCAGUUUGGAGGUUUCGUCUACCAAGCUAGGAAGACUGUUGAGAAGGCCCAAGGUCGUGAGAGACAUCGACCUCCAAGACUCGGUCUGGCCAGACGAGGAGACUUCCAAGGGCAUUUACCCGAAGGUGCAAUUUUACUGUCUCAUGUCUGUUGCCGACAGCUUCACAGACUUCCACAUUGAUUUUGGCGGUUCGUCGGUGUACUAUCACAUUCUGCGUGGCAAGAAGACAUUCUUCUUCAUUCCACCUAAGCCUGGCCACCUCAAGAAAUACGAAGACUGGAACAACUCGCACGAGCAAAACUUCACGUGGCUGCCAGAUGCAACCAAAGAAUGUUACAGAGUCGAUCUGUCUGCUGGAGAUACCAUGCUGAUUCCUUCUGGCUGGAUCCACGCCGUAUGGACGCCAGAGAAUAGUUUGGUCAUCGGUGGCAAUUUCCUGACUCGCAUGCACUACUCGACUCAGUUCCGCAUCGUCGACAUUGAAAAAGCCAUCAAGACUCCUCAGAAGUUCAGAUACCCACACUUUCAAAAAGUCAUGUGGUACACUGUCAUCAAAUACCUCGAGACUGACCCCCUACCUGCUGAAGUUGCACAAGUUUUCUAUAACGGUGCGAGAUUCAUUCGUGAACGACCUGUCUGGGAAGAGUUUGGUACAUCUGACUCCGCUCCAGGAAGUGCUUGUUACAAUUGCCGAUAUUACUCUCAGGCAGAGUUGGACGGGCUACCAGAAUUGAUCAACUUCAUAUUCCGAACCGUCAUGAUCGGACUGGGUAGGAUUGAAGGUGUGACGGAAGACACGCGCAAGAAGGUCAUGAGAUCGAUACCAAAGUCGCGUGGUGAACCUCUCGAGCUGGCCAGAACGUUUGCUCUCUGGGUAGCAUGGAAGCGUGGCAACGAGGAUCCGCCAGCCUGGGCUCAUCCCAACGCUGAUCUUCCGGACAAAGAGAGCGCUGCUCCAAAGAAACUAGGGGCUCGAGCAUUGAAAGCUAUGCAACGACAAGAAGCGUUUGAGGCUUACAGGAUCGCCCCCGAGAGGCAGUCUGCUCGUCAGAACGCGUGCAGAGAAUCAGAGCCUGCCACCACUACGUCACCCGGGCCUUCUGUGCCUCCUGUGUCGGCUUCCCAGACACAGACUACACCAGGCCCCAGCGGCCAGCACACGAGCACGCCCAAAACCUCAGUCCUUGGCCCUAAGAGGGUCGCGUGCGAUGCAUGUCGAAAGCGUCGGAUCAAAUGUAAGCACAAGGACGUUGUUACCACGAGCACACCCUUUGGACAGCCAUCUGUGAUGUUCCAAUCGACGCCUUCUUCUCUACAAUCGGCCGAGCAAACCAUGCAGCCCUUGCAGAACAUGCAAAGCACCCCGACUCUACAGGGUCUGCAAAACGGACAUAUUGGUCAGAUGGCAGGCCUAGCUCCAGUAGCACAGAUGACCUCAACGGAUGGCAUCGGCCCAGCUGCGAUUCCUGGAAACGCAUUACUAGCAGAUCCUAACAGUAAGCGCGGGAGGAGCAAGGCAUGCCUUGACUGCCGCAAGAGCAAGCGUCGUUGCAUCCAUGAUGAAAACGGCAAGAUUGACCCCGUCAAGGCUGAACAGACACCUGUUCCUCGUGGCUCUGUUGUCUCCAAGAAGAGAAGGACCAGUGGCGAGAUGGAAAGUCCGAUCAAGAAACCAAAGCAAGCCCGGAUCUCG